ACAUCCACGACCAUGUCACAAGCCCAGAUUCAACCGUGUCGCUAUAAGACUGGCAAGACGCUUGGCGCUGGCUCCUACUCGGUCGUCAAGGAGUGCGUGCACAUCGACACUGGUCGCUACUAUGCCGCCAAGGUCAUCAACAAGCGUCUGAUGGCAGGUCGCGAGCACAUGGUGCGCAACGAGAUUGCCGUCCUCAAGCGCGUGUCCAUGGGCCACCAGAACAUCCUCACCCUGGUCGACUACUUUGAGACCAUGAACAACCUGUACCUCGUGACCGACCUGGCCCUGGGCGGCGAGCUGUUCGACCGCAUCUGUCGCAAAGGCUCAUACUACGAGAGCGAUGCCGCAGACCUCAUCCGCGCAACUCUGUCCGCCGUCGCAUACCUCCACGACCAUGGCAUUGUGCAUCGCGACCUCAAGCCCGAGAACCUGCUCUUCCGCACUCCCGAGGACAAUGCAGACCUCAUGAUUGCCGACUUUGGCCUGUCUCGUAUCAUGGACGAGGAGCAGUUCCACGUCUUGACCACGACCUGCGGCACACCCGGCUACAUGGCUCCCGAGAUCUUCAACAAGAGCGGCCAUGGCAAGCCCGUCAACCUCGAAGAGAUGCAGGCCAUCCUGGUCGCCGACUACUCGUUCACNCCCCUCGAAUACUGGCGCGGCGUGUCGCUGUCCGCCCGAGCCUUUAUCAAGCGCUGCCUGACCAUCGAUCCCACGAAACGAAUGACGUCGCACGAAGCUUUGAGCCACGACUGGAUCGCUGGACCCGCAAAAGACAGAGGCAAUGAGGAUCUGCUGCCCACCGUCAAGAAGAACUUCAACGCCAGAAGAACCCUACACAAAGCCAUCGACACGGUUCGCGCUAUCAACCAACUAAGGGCAGGUGGCGGUAUGGGUAUGAUGGAUGGAGCUCAGUCCCACCGCCCUGAGCGUGUUGACACUGCCGCGCCCAAAGACAAGGACGGCGACGUCAACAUGGACUCGAAGCCAAAGAGUCAAGCUGCGACUGCCGUCUAA